AGCGUGUGGUAUGUAGUGUGUGGUAUCCGAGGGUUUAGUGAGUGCAGAGCGGAGCUGAGCGGCUCCACGGCUCAGAGCUCUUUAUGUGCCGAGUCUGGAGGUAAUGAGUCAUUAAGCAGCUGUAAUGAACCCCGGAGCACGCAGGGUUAAUCAUUAUCUCCCUCUCGCUCACUCACUCCCCCCGCUGGGCCUCCGAGGAGGCGGGCAGGUGUAUAAAAGGUGCAGGUGUGGUGUUCGGUGUGUGUGAGUGUGAGACAUUCAGCUGUGAGAUGGUCCUGUUCCGCUCUCUCAUCUACCUGACCUGCAGUGUGGUUGUCUCUUUAAGUUCGUCUGUGAUUCACUCUCCUGAGUUGGACCAUGUGACUGUGAUGUCAGCGUCAGGGGAGGAGUUUCAGAGUGCAGUGGGGGAGGAGCUUGAGUCUGAUGGAGCUUCAGGUUUAUUCACUAACCCACCGAUACCCCAAGUUUCUCUCAGUGGGAGAACGGAGGAUCCGCGAACUCGAGGUGGACGCAGGAGAAAUGGGGGGAAAAGGAGGAAUAAAGGUCAGGUGACUGUGGGUCAGAGGAGUCACACAUCUACACAGGUACAGCACACCUUCAGCACCACCAGUGACCCCUGCCUGACCUCUCACAGAGACUACUGCAUCCACGGACACUGCACCUACCUGCAGGACCUGAAGGAGCCCGUCUGCGUGUGUAUGAAGGGCUAUGACGGCGUGCGCUGUGGGAUCCAGCUGUUACAGACGUUUUCGGGUUCAGGUUCGGGCUCACACGGGCUGGACGAUCACUCACACACUCACACCCUGCAGCUCGCUCUGGUCAUCAUCGCCGUCGUCCUGUCAGUCAUCAGCUGCGCCGCCAUCAUCAUCAUCAUCAUGGUCCAGUAUAAAGCUCAGCACAGUUUCCAGGCUGCGUUCCUGAGCUCGAGCUCUGAGAGGGAGAAGCUGCAAAAGAGUCCGGCCAUCUGAGGAUCAGCGCCACCUGCUGCACCACAAACAUUCACCCUGAUUUAUUACAGCGCCGUAGAUUAUCACUGUAGGUUCAGCCACGAGGACCCGCCGCAGGGCUCUGUUUCCAUGGUGAUUCUGAUUGGUGCAGUGAGCGAGUGUGGAGUCGGAUCUCCAUCACGUCUUCAGUAGAUCUGGUAGAAGAGAAGUGACGGUGUGGGUAAACGCCCGCACUCCCCCAAACUCAGCAUAGUGCCACUGUUUAACGAGCGAUUCAUCAUCAACGGAAACAGAUCAGCGUGAAGUUCAUUCGUUAAACAUUGUUUAUUUAUUUAUUUUAUUUAUUUAUUUGCCCAGCGUAAUGUUCAGUUUUGUUUGUUUGCUCUGAAUUGUGGCCCAUAAGAAAAUUCAGCAUUAAUUUGGUACAUGUUACACAACGCAAACAGGCGUAAUGAACAAAUAAACAUUCCUGUUAACGAACCGAUGAGCAGGUCGGACAGCAGAGCGACCAGCCGGGCAGUGAGAGACGUUUCUGACCGGUCCACCUUAAACCUAAACUGACCUUUUUAUCUCUCUAGUUCGUGUGAGGUCGCGGGAGUUCGGGGUGCUGAAGUGUAUAAAUGUACCUGUAAGUGAACGUAACGUACUCAGUGAUGUCGUACAACGUGACUGGACGUCUUUAUUAAUAUGAUUUUUUAAUGGACUUCAAACAAAACGUGUCGGGCUCCUGAGUGGCCAUUCAAAGCCGCUUUUCCUGUGCAUGGUGCCGGCUCGACUCGACCCGACUCCUGACUCGACUUUCCUUUCUGGUUCUUCAUUCGGCAAAUCCGGUUCUGUUUUUGGUAUCACCUCCGUUGAGGUUCCAAGCGAGCUGAGCUGAUACCUAAAGGUGAUGUAAAUGCUGCCGACUGCUGAUUGGUCAAAGAGAAUCGCUAAAGAUUUAUGCUAACCUUAGCUGCCAGGUUAGCGCAGCCUCUUGUGUCGCCUUUGAGCUCCAGAAUCGUCUCGACAUCUGAGCUCUGAUGUGGUUUCUCCCCAAACUCUCCUGUUUUUGUCAGCUGUCUUGUGUCUCGCUGCCUCUUCUGAACACAAUUUGUCUCCUUUACAUCACAGCAGUUUCAUAUGGCGUUGCUAUGACGACCAGCUACACUGAGGGGGCACUAUAUCUGCAGUGGGAAAUGAAGUAGCUGGUGGAAGCGAGUCGAGUUGAGCCGUGCCAUGCAGUGGAAAAGCGUCUCGAGUCCUGGUCCUGGAGAUUCACCUUCCAGAGUUUAGUUCCAACCUGUAUCCAGUAAGCGGCUCUGCCCCCUUACUGGACUGUAAUGGAUCUGAUCCAGCCAAUCAGGGACUUGGGAUGAGGUUGAUUAGCUGCUGCAGGUGUGGCAGACAGAGAUUAAAACUAGGCUCUACUAGGCAGAUCUCCAGGAUCAGGGCUGGAGACCAGUGAGCUCAGUGUUUCUGUAUCAGCAGGAAGUUCAGUCCACAGUGAUGCCACAGCCAUCCGUAAUCAGGAGUCCCACAGAUUAUAACUGUCUCUCUCUCUCUCUCUCUCUCUCUCUCUCUCUCUCUCUCUCUCUCUCCCCCAUCCCCCGCCUCUCU